AUGCCCCCAAAGGUCCAGAUUAGUGAUGACGAGCUUGAAGUGAAUCCAGAUGAGGCGUUUGGAUCCGAAUCAGAAGAUUUGAGCGACGUAGAACUCGACGACGAUGAGGAUGAGGUCCCUGAUGACGAAGAGGACGAAGAUGAUGAAAAUGACGACAAUGACGAAAAUGGCAUCGACAACGACGACUUCGGUUUGGAAGAGGCAUAUCUGCCAGAAGAUAGUUCUGUGAGUCGGCCACUGCGGGGCAGUCGACCGGUUAGAGAAACCAGAAAGAGACAGUUGACCUUCUACGACGAGGACGACUUUAUGAGUGAAGAGGAGGCCCCUCCUCCUCCCAAGAAAGUCUCUGUGAAAUUGAAGAUUCCAAAACGUUCUACAGCUAGCGUGGAGCCCACUGAUGAGGAGCUUGAGUAUAAGCCAGACGUGCUGAGAUUGACUGAGAGACAGCGAGCCAAGCUCGAGGACGAUUCGUCAGAGAAGUACGAAGACCUGAUGUUUGCAAGAAUGGACGAACAGCUUCUUGCACUCAACCGGAAGACAGCUAAAAAGAAGGAAACGGCUGAGCAGAUGGCAGUGAGAAAGGCCGAAAAUGCCAGGCGAAGAGCACACUAUAAGACUAAGCAAUUGGAGGAGGAAAAGCGUGAUACGUUGAAUAAGUUGCUCAAACGGAGAGCUACCAAGACCAGAGAAAAGGCGGUGGAUGACUCACUGGAUUCGAAGCAGACUCUCAAGCCACGCAGACCGACUAUCCAGCAUGCUGCACUCUCAAGAUGGGUUUGCAAGCCCGAGAGUUCUGUUUUGGGGAUCGCAGAGUAG